CCCGUCCGAGGCCUUCCCAACCUUGUGCCUGCCACCAACCUCCGUCCGUAGCUCUCCCGAGGCCUGCCAGACGCCGCCUUUCCUUGCGACUGGUCAACUCUGAUCAACAAACAGAGCUACGGAUGGACAAUGCUGCCAUUACCUGUCGCCGAUCCUCUCCAUUGCGUAUACGCGGCCUCGCGGUCGCGCCCACUAAUAAACAGAGCAGCGAGUAAUUGGGCCACAAUAAUAGCAAUCCCCAGCAACAGCAUCACCAGCAGCAUCAGCAUCACCAGCCUCGCACCCGCCGCCGCUUUUGUCGAGCCGGCUGGCGGGAGGCCAUAACACUAGGGAGCCGCCACACAGCCAGAGCACCGCCAUGUCGGCAGCAACCCUCUUCCGCAUCGUCUACACGAGCUUCUACUUCCUGCUCUACAUCAUCCUCGUCGUCCUCCUGCUCGUCUCGCCCGCCGACAUCAUCUACCAGUCGCUCGUGGGCGCCGAGCCGCAGACCUUCUUCGUCAUCGUCAUCGCCGCCGCCUACUUCACCACCACCUGCAUCGUCGUCUUUGUCUAUUCGGGCCGCCUGUACAUUAAUCGUUCCGUGCUGGCAUCCAUCCCCAAGGCAUGGAUCCCCGUCGAUAAGGGCGACGUGCCCACGGCCGUCCGCAAGAUCAUCAACGCCAGCCUGAGCCGCAGCGCCGCCAUCGCUUACGACGCCCGCCCGCGCGCGCCGCCCGUGCCCCAGCCGGGCGUGUUCGAUGACAGGCAGAGCUACCGGCCGCACACGGCACGACGGUCAUCGGGACUGUGGUCACCGGCACCCCAGCAACAGGAGGAACAGCAGCCACAUGGGACAGAAGGGGCAGAGCAGAAGAGAAGCAAGGAGGGCAAGCUCAAGUUGAAGUUCUUUAACCUCAAGGAACCACCAACUGCCGAGGACGAGCUAGGCAUCAACCUGCCACCACACAAACCCGUAUGGGGUGAGGUCGAGCACCACGGAUGGGGCUCGCCCCUUUCCCCCGACUUUCCCAGCCUCGAGUACGCCACCGUCGUGUCGGAGCUCCCGCACCUGAUCGAGGCCAAGGCCCUGACCCUCGCGCCGCCCGACCCCAUGUCGACCAUGCCGCCGGACUUGGACGGCGCGCCGGCCGCGCCCACCAUGUUCCAACCCGACCCGGACGCUGUGGCGCUGCUCCAGCGCGGCAGCCUUCCCCUCCGCGACUACCUCUCAGGCCUCGCCGAGCUCGGCGUCCUCUCCAUCCCGUCACAGGUCGCGGGCGAGUUUCUCGCGGCGUACGAGCAGGCGCGCUUCUCGACGCGGCCCCUGUCAGCCCGGGCCUUCCGUGAGCUUAUGCGGCUCUUUGCCGAUCUGCUACGGUCUAUGAAGCCCCUCGAUCCAGCCAUGCUCUUUACCGACGACGACGACCGGAGCAGCUCGUACAGCGUCCGCGGAGGCGGGCGCGGCGACGUCGACGUGGAUCUCGACGACGAGGCGCCCGCGGCCACCGCCACCCCCAGCACGAUGGGGGGCGCCAACGGCAGGGCGGUCAAUGGCGGCGUGUCGGCGGUUAAGCGUGGCGGCGGGUCGCGUGCUUCCAGCCCUGGCGCGAGGUCUACAAGGACGGCCAGCUCCGCAGGGGGUUACACGACAUCCUCAUCCUCGUCGGGCCGCUCGCAGAUAAGACAUCAUCACCGCCACCACCACAGAAGACACCAGGCCCCCGGGGCUGUGGGGCGCGCGUCGUCGUCACACACGUGGUCGCAAUACCGCACGGCACCCAACACGCCGCGCAGGGAGCGCACGCUCGCGGAGGCGGUCGCGGCGGCUGCGGUUGCGGCGCGCGACGCCGAGGGCCGCGGCGUCCAGGUCGGCGACGAGACGUCGGUGGUUUCGACGCUCGAGUCGCGUCUCCCGCAGCCCUCUGGCAGCGACAGCAGCUUCGCGCAGACCAGGCACCCAUACGCCGUCAGCGGGGAGUCGAGCGGCAGCCUGAUAUCGCUCGCGUCCAGCGGGUCCGUCGUGAGGUUCCAUGACAGAUGAUAUUAGGACGAGGCGGCGAUGUGAAAGUUCAACACGCAAACAGGGCUGUGUUUUUUUUAUUGUUUGUUCUGUCUAGCAUGGGCAUGGGACUGGGAUAGAUGGCUACCGCAAAGUUCUUUCUCUAAUAGACUUGAUUGCAAUUGGCAAAAUUGUUUCCCUUGUGAAAGUGAUGGGCUGCAAACGGAACAGAUCAGG